AGCAAUCCUUAAGCAAUUGCAGAUUUCUUGCUGGCUGUUGAGAACAACUUAGAAGCUUUCAACAUGGUCAAGGCGUUGUGUGUCCUCCUCAUUGCUAUCGUCGGCCUGUCCGCCGUCCAGGGCUUCAUUAGAGGGUAUGGAUAUGGGGGUUUGUACGGCGGUUACGGUAAUGGAGGGUUGUACGGCGGCUACGGGUACGGACGAAUGUACGGUGGCUAUGGAUACCCUGGCAUGUACGGACGUGGCUAUGGCGGUUUUUACGGUGGUUACGGUAACACAGGAAUGUACGGUGGCUAUGGAUACCCUGGCAUGUAUGGAGGUCACCUCGGAAUGCAAUUUUACCGAUACCCAAGCUAUGGCUACGGAUUUGGUAUGAGGCGCUUUCAAAAGGGCUAUCCCUGGUUGCAUAAGGGAAAGAAAGGCUACUACUAAGGAAAUGGAUUUCUGACCUUAUCAUCCCACUUCCGGUCCAAAGAGUGUAUGUUUUGUGAUGAUGUAUUGUAUGAUUUAAUAAAUUAAAAAUCAAUUACAAA